AUGUCGACCUACGAAAUCGAACACAAUACUACCGACCCCUCAACGGCCACCACCGCACGCCGCCGUCGCCCCGACCUCUCCACCUUCUUCUCAACCCUGUCCCAGAUCACUCCAGCUCCCGACCACAGACCCCAUGCAGUCCCCGUCCCAGGAGAUGUGAGCGCAGCAUUCUUCUCCCUCGCAGAGGCGUUGGAUACAAUGCGCCGCGAGACCGAUUCCGCGCCGCGCCCAGACGCGCAGGAGGGCGCCGAUAACGCCGACUCAGAUACCGGUCGCGAUCUGUUGACCACGAUGAUCCAUUCGUUGCUCGCGCAGGCAGAUACACCGCCGCGCGAGGUGGAGGGUGUCGAUGAGGAAUUCUGCGAUAUGCUCGAACGCAUCCCAAAAGCAUCCCUCAAACCUGAUGAUACCUGCCCUAUCUGCAACAACCCCUUCGUGGAAGAUCCCUAUCCGCUCGUCGUCCAGCUGCCCUGCCACCCGACACACCGCUUCGAUAUGGAGUGUGUGCGGCCCUGGUUGCGGCUGCGCGGGACGUGUCCGCUUGACCGUGUAGACUUUGCAAAGCAGUUGAGAGAUAAGGCGGAGGCGAAGAAGAAGCUUGUUGAGGAAGAUGAGGAGGAGGAAUGGGAUGGUAUGUAUGGCUAA